AUGAAAUACAAAAUUUCCAACUUCAUCAUCUUCCCCAUAUCCUAGGGUUUCUCUCUUCUCCUCGAUUUCUUCCAAUCCCUCUCUAAUCUCAAUAAUCCAUGGCCAUAGAUCUAAACAUCGAAGGCCGCCACGCUCUCCUCUUCGACGACGACGCCAGCGCCGCCUUCGUCGACUCACGCGCAGCGCUCGUGCCGUGGACCGGCGACGAGUCUCUCUUAAUCGAUCGCUACGAUGUCCGUCAUCUCCUCGAUCGGAUCCCUCCUCGUUCGAAGAAGCUGCGGUUCGUUGAAGACACCGGCGGCGUUUCUCAAUCCGAACUCGAUCGCGAGAGAUUCUUAGAUCUCCCUUUGAAUAACGAAGAUGAAGAAACAACUGAAAGAUCAGAAGCAACAGGUUCCGGCUCUUAUCAAGCUGUUCCUUUUUCUUAUGGAAACAAUGGCGGUUUAGCUGAUCCCAACAGCUAUGGACAAGAUCAUUCCUCUUACCAUCCACCCUUUUCAGUGCCUACAAGCCUAAUUAGCAACCUGCCUCCUACAGAGAAGUUGCAUCAAAUCAUGGCAAGAACUGCUUUAUUUGUGAGUGAGCAUGGAGGCCAAUCAGAGAUUGUCUUGAGGGUGAAGCAGGGAAAUAACCCAACAUUUGGAUUUUUGAUGCCCGACAAUCAGCUUCAUCCAUAUUUUCGCUUCCUUGUUGAUCAUCCCCAUCUUUUAAAAACUGAUAACACGCAGGAAGAUAAGAAAUUAGAGGAUCAGGAGAGCGAGGCACUUUCUGCUGCAGGGGGGGCAUUAUCACUACUUGGAUCUCUAUAUGGAACUGGCGAAGAUGACGAUAAUACUCAUCAACAAAAACCUGAAGAAGGGGAGGCCACAAAACCAAAUGCUGGUAGAGAUUCAUUGUCACCUCAUAAAUCAGUAAGAGAAGAGUAUGCUCCUUCCGCAUCUAUAGAAGACAAAGAAACUAUAAAGCGUGCAAUUUCUGUUCCUACUAAGGAGAGGGGCCUUUUACUACCCAAAAAGAACCACUUUUUAAAUUCUGGAUCCAUUACUAAGAAAGUAGAAGCUGCUACUUCACAGCAUGGCAUCACAAACAGAACGAAUUCUCAACCAAGUAAAACAGAUGCCAAACCACUAAUCUUGGAGCCUCCGUCUUUCUUAAAGAAAGCAAUAGAUAAGAUUGUAGAAUUCAUUCUUAAAAACGGAAAAGAAUUUGAAGCAGUCCUCAUUGAGCAAGAUAAAACAGCAGGAAGAUUUCCGUUUCUUCUGUCAGCCAACCCAUUUAACCCAUAUUAUCUCAAGGUUCUCGAAGAAGCUAAAGAGUCAAAAUCACCAAGCAAGAAACCCUUAGAUAAACGGAAAAGAAGAUCCCAAGAACCAUCUGUCAGUGAAUCCACCGCUGACGAGGAACUUGAAGAUCGAUACCUACAUCCUCAAAGAAAGGAUAAAUUCAAAAUGACAAUUGGGUCCAAAAAGGAAUCAAACGACCGUCCCACAGAACCCAUUAAGAGAUCCGGAGUAACAACCGACGAAGCUGCAGCCAUAGUUCUUGCAGCAACAAGAGGUCGAAGCCCAGCAUUUCAAAAUUCAUCAGCUGCUGAUUCUGAAUCAGCCCAAACAUCAAAUAUCCUCAAACAAAUUCCUAAACCUCCUGUUUCAAUUGCUAACGCCAUUGCAAAAACUGCAGCAAUUGCAACUGCCAGCGAGGCUGAUUCUUCUGAGGCAACCCUCACGAAAGAACAAAAGCUCAAGGCCGAAAGGCUGAAAAGAGCUAAGAUGUUUGCUGCUAUGAUUAAAAGUGGUGUUAACCCGACAUCUCAAUCGGUGCACUCUACCGGUACUCAAAAUGAAUCUGUGGAGAAUCAUGAAGAAAGAGAAGGCAGUUCUGUGCCUUUUGAUGCAGAAUUUUCAGGCAAAGAUAGAAACUAUCGAAAGAGACAUCAUUCAAGGUCAAGGGACGAAGAAGAAGAAGCGGAAGAGGAUGAAGACUCAGAUGAGGAUCAUAAGCACUCGAGAAAGAAGCAUCAUAAACAUCAUCAUCGUCAUCAUAAGCAUCGCCAUCAUCAUCAUCGGCGUCAUAAGAAUCACAGUGAUUCAGAGAGUGAAAACAAGCAUGAGAGGAGUUCGAGGCAUCGUCAUAGGCAUAAGAAACGUGAAUCAUCUGAAGAUGAGGAAAGAGAGAGGUCUCAUAAGCAUAGGAGAAAGCAUAGAUCUCCUUCUGAAAUUGAAGAGGGUGAGAUUGAAGUGGAGACUAAGGAUGCCGUAGAUUCUCAUGUUGAAGAAACGGAUGCCAAGGUAUCAGAGAUUACUGAGGUUCCUAGUGACCUGAGAGCCAAAAUCCGAGCUAUGUUGUUGGAAACCGCAUGAGCUAAGGUUUUUAGCAUAAUAUUGUCGAUGUUGUAUGAAUGUUAUUUUCUUUGCUAUCAAUUGCAUAGAAUCCUGCAACCCUUUGUUGUAUGAUCCAAUGUCUGUUUAUUUUCUCAAGAAUUUUAUGUGCAAAUGCUAUAAAUAUUCGAAAUUCUUUGGCACGUAUUAUAAGCUCGAAUAGAAUUGAUAUUGUUUUA